UGUAGGUUAUCCCUAUGACACAAGUAUCAGCCGCGUGUGUACCGCAGGUCAUCUUCAUUCUUCAGUGCUUGCUUGCUGCCAUUUUGCCUAUCCGAAAACUCUGCGAAACACCAGUCUCCUUUUUCUAUCUUCCACCAAUGUCAUCAGCGUCUAAAUUCGUAAACUUUGGCACUUCGCUCUUCCUUCGUACAACUAAUAAUGGCCAUCCCCACAAAACCAUCUCCUUUAAACCCCUCCCUUCCCUCCAAUUCCACCUCUACUGUUCUUCCUCCACUGCAGCCACAGCCACAGCCACAGCCACCACAGAUGAUGAUAUCAUGGAAACCUUGAACUCCCUUCAACAAGAAAAUAAACAAAAACAACAUCCAUGGCCUGAGUGGGUAACUUUUGUUGAUAAAUUGAAGACCAGGGGUUACUUCAUGGAAACUUCAGAGGAUGAAAAUAUUAUUGCUUACACUGAUAUGAAUCAGUUAAGGGAUGGUUGUCUUAGCUUUGCUCGUGACAGAUAUGAUGUUCUCAAAUCAUUGUCUAUACCUGAUAUUCAAACAGUUGUGGAGAGUGGAUGUCCUAAUAUUCUUCGAAAAGUUGUAAAUUCAGCUAAAAGAAUGAGAGCUUACGUGCAAAAGGAUGAAGGGGAUGCUUGUAGUGCUUGUAUUCAUCGGGGUUGUUGUGAUAGAGCUUAUGUGGUACUAAAGAGUAAUGAAGCAGAGGGUCGUACCAUAGACAUAGUGCGGGUCUUAAUGUUCCAUGCACUGGAUCCCCUUGUUAUUUCAGAAGGAGAGAAAUCUCCUGGUAGUGAGCUUAUUGAAGCGUCUGCAAGGAAGCUGCUUUCUGAGUUGGUUGAAUUGAGUGAGACACCCCAUGAUCCUGCACUACCAAAGCGUACUCCCAAAACCCCCGAUAAGAAGGAGCGAGUUGUGAAUUUCACGGGUGGCAUACUGCGUGAAAAUGUUGAAAUGAAGAAAGGAGAUUGGAUAUGUACCAAAUGCAACUUUAUGAACUUCACUAAAAAUAAAAGAUGCCGAAAAUGUGGUGAACAAAGUGCAAAGAAGGAUGGUGAUGACUCUAUUGAAGUUAAGAAAGGAGAUUGGAUAUGCUCCGAAUGCAACUUUAUGAACUUCGCUAAAAAUAAAAGAUGCCGAAAAUGUGGUGAACAAAGUUCAAAGAAGGAUGGUGUUGACUCUUUUGAAGUUAAGAAAGGAGAUUGGAUAUGCUCCGAAUGCAACUUUAUGAACUUCGCUAAAAAUAAAAGGUGCCGAAAAUGUGGUGAACAAAGUGCAAAGAAGGAUGGUGAUGACUCUAUUGAAGUUAAGAAAGGAGAUUGGAUAUGCUCCGAAUGCAACUUUACGAACUUCUCUAAAAAUACAAGAUGCCGAAAAUGUGGUGAACAAAGUGCAAAGAAGGAUGGUGAUGACUCUAUUGAAGUUAAGAAAGGAGAUUGGAUAUGCUCCGAGUGUGAAUUCUUGAAUUUUUCUAGAAAUAUAAAAUGCCUAAAGUGCAAAGCAGAUGGCCCAGAGAGGGUCGCCGUAGAUAAUGUGGAAAUGAAGAGGGGGGAUUGGAAUUGUACCAAGUGUGGGUUCAUGAAUUUUGCUAGCAAUAAGACAUGCUUGCGUUGUCUAGAUCCACGCCCUGAAAGAGACACUGGAGAGUGGAACUGCCCAUCGUGUGACUUCUUAAAUUUCACUAAGAAUAAAGUCUGCUUAAAGUGCAAUUGUGACCGCCCCAAAAGAAUGGGUGGAGAGUGGCACUGCCCAUCGUGUGACUUCAUGAAUUUCAGUAGGAAUGCAGUCUGCCUAAAGUGCGAUUGUAAGCGUCCCAGAGAAGCGAUGACCGAGUAUGAAGAACAGAUUUGGAAGAGCCCUUAUUAAGUUAUUAGUAGAUAGAGUCAUUGCAUGGUACAAUAAUUACUCGAUCCUAACAUUCAGGGUGUCAUGUUUGCAAAAUUCAGUGUCUUUUGGAAGAGGAAGCAGCAGCAAGAGGAAGGAUUUGGCAGUUGCCGGCUACUUAAGAUUGUAUAACUUGGGAGGUUUUUAUCAUGUUAGCGUAUUUAAUGCAUUUCAUUUUGGUACCUUGGGUCCUUUUUCUUUUUCUCCCCUUCAUAGAACAUUCUGAUUUAACUUCACCUUUUGAGAAUCAUCUUCAAGUGUAGCUCAGUGUAUCAAAGUUGGAGUUUACUUGGAA